CUCUUUCAGUUAGCCACAGUAGAACAUCUCCUCGCAUUGGACCGAACACUUGCUAAUUGUCAUGAUAGUGAUGGUUACACCCCUCUACACCGUGCUGCUUACAGUGGCCAUUAUGUUGUGGUUUCUGCUCUUUUGAAUGCUGGAGCGAAUCUUCAUGCAAGAACUACUGAUGGUUGGAUGCCGCUACAUAGUGCUUGUCGCUGGGGUCAUGCCACUGUAGCUUCGUGUCUUUUGAAUUGGGGGGCAGAGGUCAAUGCCUUGACAGCGGGGCGACUCACACCCCUACAACUGGCUGCUGGAAAUACUGCAGCUGGGCAGACGAUUGAGUUAUUGCUGUCACAGCGCACCCUACAGGCAGGACUGAAAAACAGUGCAGGAGAGACUGCUUAUGACAUUGCACAUCGCACAAGUGAACAUCACAGGCUGUUUGAGAUGGUAGAGCCUUGUAAUAAAAUAUACUGACAUGCGUGUGCACAGGGUGAAAUUCUGACAUCAAGCUUAGAACUGUGUCUUAUUAUUAAUAAAUGUAGAUGAGAAACUACUCUGUUUUUCUAUGAAGAGUAGAGGACAUUGUCAUUUAAAAAAAAAAAACAAGAACUGGUCAUCAGCAUGCAGGAAAUAAGCAGAUGUUCACAACAAUGUGUAAUUAUAAUCAUUAAAAAUUAUGAGCAUGUCUUUGCAUGCGUGUGUGCAUGUGAGGGUGCAUUUUCUGUGCAUGAUGUGCUUAAAAUCACAGCUUCGUUCACAGCAUUCUGAAGAUAA